AUACCUGACAGUAGCAGUGCUAAUUCACCCCAACAAUUAGCUACUGAGAACGGACAGGCAGUAAUCGAUGGUGAUCACACAGGAGAAUUGGCCGCAGAACUUCUGAAGCUGGUGGCCACUUUGUACGCCUUGCAUCUGCGUGGCACACUGGAUCAGGGACAUGAGCAGCAACGAGCACCUGUGCCACAAUUACCCGGACCCAGACCGAUGGAAAAACCGCACUCCCCUCCGAGCGAAACGUUGGGCCCGGCUGAACGAAACGAUUUGCUCGGCCACACAAACAGGCCAUUCGUUCGCCUCGUCACUCACGGUCGUGCUGUACUGGUACACAUGGGUCAAUUAUUGAGUAUUCUGGACGAUCAUUCUGGAUUUCUGUUGCAUCGAGUGGUCAGUUUUGAUCCACAGCGUGUGCAACUGCACAUGGUGGCCGACCUAAAGCCUCGGGAUAUUCUCGCUCUGACCGAAUCGAAACGAACUCGCGAAGUGAAACGCCUAUUGAAUCAGUCCGACUUGAAAGCCGACAGUGAACGUGGGGAAACCCAUAUCGAUGUCGGCACAGUUGAGAGCAGAGCGGAAAUGCGUCCCGGUCACGGCCCACUGCUUAUUACGCCCGGUCUGGUCCUCAUUCGAGUAAGCCAAGUGAAAGAGUUGGCAAUAUUGCCUGAAUCGGAUCAAGACACGCCUUCCAAGGUCUUGGGUCUGUUUAACCCAAAUAUGCAUCAUCAGCAGCGCACACAAGAGACUUCUCCCAGUACGGACUUGAGCGCCGAAUAUGCGGGAUCUAAUCCACUCCCGUCUGUGCUCGAGAACGAGGCAGCAGUGGUAGAACAAGACCCGGAUGAAUCUCCCCACCCGUCCUGUUCCGACAAAAUCGAUUGUACAGUAAUCGAAGAGAAUGUUGUGAAACCAGAGCUGGUAGCAGUGACACAGAUGGAACCAGAGAAACAAGGUGAUGAUUCACUCUGUUCUGCACUGAAAGACGAGGCAACGAAUGGGGACGAGUUACAGAAGAUGCCCAGUGCAAUCAGAUCUGUUCCAUCGGCAAACCCCACAUUGAGAGGGGGACGACGCAAAAGAUCUAAAAGCGACUCACUGCCUUCCACGUCCAAAGUUGUGGGCAUGGAACAAAAGUCAAAGGCAGUCUCAUUCAGUUCCAUCAUUGAGAGUACUCCAUUAAUGAUCGAACCUGGGACUAGUCAGGCAGCAGGCCAACGCAUUGGGACAGGACCUCGAGUUUACUUUGUCAGGCUCCGUAGUCGGAAGAGGGCUGAGUUGAACGAGGUUGGUAACUCUUAG